UCUAUUAGUAGUAUCAUCGAUGGACGACGCGGCGCCGCUCGUGUCUGAGCCGCCGGCCAGGGACUGGUCGCUGCUGCCCCUCGACGUUCUCUCAUUGAUCUUCCCCCGGGUCGGCGCCGUCGACGUCCUCAUGGGCGCCGGCCUCGCGUGCCGCUCGUGGCUCGAGGCGGCCAAGUUGCUAGAAUUGUGGCGAGCCGUGGACAUGGACAAACACCAGGUCGUGUUCUGGAAGGACGAUGAUGUCCUGUGCGCAAUGGCAAAGGCGGCCGUCGAUCGUUCCGACGGACAGCUUCGGUCGUUCGCCGGCAAGCUAUUUGUCACCGAUGAGCUCAUGAAGUAUAUAGUGGAGAGAUCACCCUCGCUGACCACCCUUCGGCUUGUAUCCUGCCGUGACCUCUUCCUUGGCCGUGUUAUACAAGAGUCGUCUCUGCUGGAGCUGCGUUCCCUGGAGCUCUAUGACAUUUCCCUCACCGUCGGUGACCUGACCGUUGUCCUGGAGUGCUGCCCUCUCCUAGAGGUUCUUUGGGUGCGCAACUGCUUCCGGAUCGACGAGGAAGACGAGCAUGCCCUGCCAGCGAAAUUCUCCAGGAUCAAGACCCUGACGCUUUUGUGAUGGCGUGUUCAGCUACAAGUUUUUUAUUUCAAAAGCUACGACUGCGAUCAAGUUCCAGCUUUUUUUAUGAUGACGAAAGGACAGAUUGUUCCUUAUGAUCGGUACCUUUCAUCAGAUUGUUUGUGACGAAGCUUCGAAAAUGUAACUGCCGCUUAAAAUUGUCUGUGAAUUCUAGUUUGUAUCCUUUUUUCCUUUCCGAUGAUUUUUCUCCGUUAAUCUUUGUCUCUAGCGUUGUAUCCGAAGGUGUUACCCU